AUGAUGAGAACACCAAGCAGUGAUGAAAGUGGUUUGAAGAAGGGGCCUUGGAGCCCAGAAGAGGAUAAAAUACUAGUCGAUUACAUUCAGAAACAUGGCCAUGGGAGUUGGAGAGCGCUUCCAAAGCUUGCAGGAUUGAACAGGUGUGGGAAGAGUUGCAGAUUAAGGUGGACUAAUUAUCUGAGGCCUGAUAUCAAAAGAGGAAAAUUCUCUGAUGAAGAAGAGCAACUCAUUAUCAACUUACAUGCAGUUCUUGGGAAUAAGUGGGCGGCUAUAGCAUCUCAUAUGCCUGGUAGAACUGAUAAUGAAAUUAAGAAUUUUUGGAACACCCAUUUAAAGAAAAAGCUUCUGCAAAUGGGAUUAGACCCAGUAACUCACCGUCCAAGAACAGAUCACCUAAACCUUCUAAGCAAUCUACAACAGAUAUUGGCUGCUGCAAACAUUGUCAACAGUUUCACAAACCCAUGUGACAUAAAUAAUGCUCUAAGGCUACAAUACACCACCAUGCAAGAUAGUUUCCUCAAUGAUGUUUUGGGAUUGAAUCACUCCAACCUCCAAAACCUGUUCAAUGGCUCAGUUGGUUUUUCUUCUCAAAUUCAACCAAAUUUCCAAAACUUUGAAGCCACUCAGCAGCCACCACAAGGUGGUACGAAUCAGCACUUGAAUGGUGGCAAAAAUAGUAGUUGUGGGGAAUCUCAAAGGUUUGAUGAACAACCUGGUUCCACAAACGCUAACCCCUCACCAACGAAUUCGCUUCCACGUCUGGUUUCUGCUUCACCUGAUCUUUCCCCAGCCAAGCAAGAAGAAAACAUAGUUAACUCAAAGGACUUCUCAAACCCUUCUUCCACCACCUUUGAGUUAACGUGGGGCGAUUUCAUGAACGAGGAAGCAAGCGAUGCCUAUUGGAAAGGUUUCAUAGACCAACAUUCUAACCAGCCAUGGUCGACAGUCCCAUGA